AUGGUUGAACUUAAUAAAUCUGACCAACAAAAUAUGUUAAAUGAGCAUCAGUUGUGUUUUGUAAAAUUGCUUAUAAAUAAUUUGGUUGCUGGAUCAGUGAUAGGAAAACAUGGUUCCAUAAUUUCCAGUAUAGAAAGUAAAACAGGAUGCAGUUUAAGAUUAUCACCGAAUAAUUCUUAUUUUCCAAAUACACAAGAGAGGGUUUUAAUAAUAUGUGGUAAGAUAGAUCAAAUUAAGGAUGCUCUUUUAAUAAUAUUAGAUAAGAUUAAGGAAAUUGCUAAUCAACACUCUCCUGAAAAACAAGAUAUGAUUAAUGAACCUGAAAAAUAUACAUGUAGAAUUGUAGUACCCAAAUCUUCAGUAAGUGCUAUUAUUGGAAAAGGUGGACAACAGAUAAAACAAUUACAAGACUCCACAGGAUCAAAAAUACAAAUUUCAAAUAGAGAAGAUGGAUUAAAUGAAAGAAUUAUAACAAUAACAGGUUCUUUUGAAUCCAUAAGAGACAGUACAUUACAGAUUGCAAAUUCUAUACAAAAGGAUCCAAAUUUAAAAGACUUAUUAAAUGUUAUAUAUAAUAAUGAUUCAAAUAAUUAUAAUUCAAGAAACAAUAAUCAUAAUUUUAUUAACCAUUUACCAUUAAAUGGUUAUGUUUACCCACAAAGACAUAAUCUAUAUCAAAAUGAACAAUAUGUUGAUAUGAAUACAAUCAACUCCUUAAUGAGACAUAGUACAGAUUUAUUUAAUCUACCCUGUGAAAUCGCUAUACAAAUACCAGAUGAAUUCAUUGGGGUAGUUAUAGGGAAAAAUGGAUCGAGACUUUCAAAUAUUAUGAACAGUACAGGUGCACAAAUUAAAAUAAGUCGAAAAGGUGAACUAGUACCAGGUACUACUAAUCGAAAUGUUCGAAUAAUAGGAACUGUUGCAGCUGUACAUGCAGCACAUGUUUUAUUAUUACAAAGAUUGGAAUCGGCAUAUUUGCAAUUAAGAAAUAUUCAAAUUAAAUGUGAUACAUAA